UUUUCUUUUCUGAGUUACUCUGGGGCUUUUAUCCAUCUAUACAGUGUCUAAAUUUUUAUGCAGGCACAGUGUGGACUGGGCUUGAGAUUUCAUAGAUGCAGGAAAUUUCAGAAGAGGAAACCCCACCCCAUCAAAGCAGAUGUGCAAUUGUUUGCAAUUUAUCAUCCUAAAGGGGGUGUUCUUAACCUUUUGCCUAUCAUGAUUUCUAACCCUAACCCUAACCCUAACCCUUUUGACAAUCUGGUGAAGCUUAUGUAUUCCUUCUCAGGAUGCUUUUUAAGUGACAAAAAUAAAAUACAUAGGAUUUCAAAGGAAACCAAAAGUUGAUGGAAAUGAUUUUUUUUUUCUCCAGGCAAAUUUUAAAGACCCCUUGAAAUAAAUCCAUGAACCUCUUGGUCAGUGGAACUCAAGUUAGGGAUCCCAAUCUUAGCGUGUUCCCUGGAGUCCUAAGAAAUUAAGUUACUUCUCCAGAAUCACAAAGCCAAUGUAUAUGAAGAAUAGAACUUGAACUCUGAUUUUCCAUGCUUCUCCUUGUGUGGAGUGAAAAUUUGGAGGGUCUUGAUCACUCCAUAUAUCCUUUGGGUGAAUAUAAGACGCUUAAUAAAAGAUUGUCGAUUACAUGACUUCCUGUGUGUGAGAUGAGAUUUAGUGUCUGAUUUCUGGUACUGCAAGCUCCUUCAAAAUUCCACUCCACACAUGUGCUUGUAAGCUACAUGUCUGGGACUAGGCUAGACACUAUGGUGGAUGGUGGGAAGGAGCACAAAGACAAAAAAAAAACACAAAAAACUGCCCUCAAGGAGAUUACAUUCUACUUGCCUAAACCUUAAUCUAGUGAAGAAGAAGUGAGUCGUGAGACCAGGAAAGCUAUUGUCCCUUCGAGGAGCGGAGGAAAGGGAGGGGAGGGGGGAAGGGAAGGAAGGGAAUGAGGAAAAAAGAACGCAGGGGAGCCCGCGCAGGGUGAGUCUGGGACAGUCCAGGAACGGAAACGACUGCAACCCACGGCUCCGCCCAACAGGGCCUAGUAAAUCAAGCCCCGGGUCCUUAACCCGCCUCGAUCCCGCCUCUAGGGAACUAGCUGCCGUUAGAGGGCGUGGUCAGCAGGCUCAGUCUCGCGGGAAAUUCCGUUGGCGGGGCAGUUGUCUCUGGCCCAGGAGCGGGGACAGUUGCUAAGGAAAUGACUCUUAAGCACCGCCCCGUCUGGCCGGGCGGGGUCUCCUCCCGGCGCUAUUUCCGGUUCCGCUCCCCCUCAGAUCCCUUGGUCCCGUUACCGCGGCUGCCGCCUCCUUCAGUCCUGGGUCGUCGUCCUCACCCACUGGCUUCGCGCCUCUCGCCGGCACGUCGCCUUGGCCGCGCCUUCUUUUCUGUCUGCUCCUUGCGGCCUGUGCCCCCAGAGCUUUCGCGUCGGGACGGGUCACGGCUUCUCUCGCCCGCCCUGCCCAUCUGACGGGCCUUCAGUCGUCGCGAUGGGCGCGUACCUCUCCCAGCCCAACACGGUGAAGAGCUCUGGGGAUGGGGAGGGCACCGCGGGCUCGGGGGGACGCGGCGCCCAGCGUCUGCCGCUGCCCUACGGCUUCUCGGCUAUGCAAGGCUGGCGCGUCUCGAUGGAGGAUGCUCACAACUGUAUUCCUGAAUUGGACAGUGAGACAGCCAUGUUUUCAGUCUACGAUGGACAUGGAGGGGAAGAAGUUGCACUGUACUGUGCUAAAUAUCUCCCUGAUAUCAUCAAAGAUCAGAAAGCAUACAAAGAAGGAAAACUACAGAAGGCUUUGGAAGAUGCCUUCUUAGCUAUUGAUGCCAAACUGACCACAGAAGAGGUCAUUAAAGAGCUGGCCCAGAUUGCAGGAAGGCCUCCUGAGGAUGAGGAUGAAAAGGAAAAGGUGGCUGAUGAGGAUGAUGUGGACAAUGAGGAAGCAGCCCUGCUUCAUGAAGAGGCCACCAUGACCAUUGAGGAACUUCUAACACGCUACGGGCAGAACUGUCACAAGGGCCCUCCCCACAUCAAGGCUGGGGCUGGGUUGGGUGAGGAACCAGGGUCCCAGGGCCUCAAUGGGGAGGCAGGGCCUGAGGAGCCAUCAGGGGAAUCCUCUGUGGAGGAGAAUGGCCCCAUAGCUGAGACCCACACAGACCUUUCCUCCACCUUGGAACGUGGGACUGAGGCAGUCCAGGGCGAUGAGCCUAUCACCCCCACUGGAGAGGCUGGCCCCUCCUGCUCUUCCACCCCCGCCAAGCCACCUCGAGCUGCUAAGUCCAAGUUCUUUGAGGACAGUGAGGAUGAGUCAGAUGAGGCAGAGGAGGAAGAGGAAGACAGUGAGGAGUGCAGUGAAGAUGAAGAUGGCUACAGCAGUGAGGAAGCAAAUGAGGAUGAUGAAGAUGACACAGAGGAAGCAGAAGAGGAGGAAGAGGAAGAAGAAGAGGAAGAAGAGAUGAUGUUGCCUGGGAUGGAGGGCAAAGAGGAGCCUGGCUCAGACAGUGGCACAACAGCAGUGGUGGCUCUGAUUCGGGGGAAGCAGCUGAUUGUGGCAAAUGCAGGAGACUCUCGAUGUGUGGUAUCUGAAGCUGGCAAAGCCCUUGAUAUGUCCUAUGACCAUAAACCUGAAGAUGAACUGGAGCUAGCACGAAUCAAAAACGCUGGUGGCAAGGUUACCAUGGAUGGUCGAGUCAAUGGAGGCCUCAACCUUUCUAGAGCCAUUGGUGACCACUUCUAUAAAAGAAAUAAGAAUCUGCCACCCGAGGAGCAAAUGAUCUCUGCACUGCCUGACAUUAAGGUGCUAACCCUCAAUGAAGACCAUGACUUCAUGGUCAUCGCUUGUGAUGGCAUCUGGAAUGUGAUGAGCAGCCAGGAAGUGGUGGAUUUUAUCCAGGCCAAGAUCAGCCAGAGAGAUGAAAAUGGGGAGCUUCGACUGCUCUCCUCCAUCGUGGAAGAGCUGUUGGAUCAGUGCCUGGCACCUGACACUUCUGGGGAUGGCACUGGGUGUGACAACAUGACCUGCAUAAUCAUCUGCUUCAAACCCCGAAGCACAGCAACACCCCAGCCUGAGAGUGGCAAGAGGAGACUAGAGGAGGUUGUGACCCCUGGAGCCGCUGGGGAGAACGGCAGCAGUGACAACAGCAAGAAAGCCAAACAGGAAUAGCAACUAUCUCCUCCCCUGCCCACCCAGACUGUUUUCUGAGCCCACCGGACUUAAGACUGAGUUUUGUCUUUUUCCUUUAGCCUUAGCAGUGGAAAUGUGGUGUGCAGGGGGAUCUGGGGUGGCUUUGCUUAGCCCAUUCCAAAGAGGGCUCUCCCUCCACACAGCACACUGCAGGAGCCCCUUCUUUCUCCCCCAACUGGUCCCCUCACCGGGCAGUGGGAGAGGUAGAGCACGGCACCAGCUGGAGGCCUUGACCCUGUGCAAGUCACCAUUAAUGUGCCUGUGCUGAUGUGUUGGAGGGAAGGACUGGUGGUUCUGGUUUUUACUCUGUGAACACUUUAUUUAAGAACUUUUUUUUAUUGGCGGCUCCCUGGUCCCUAGCCGCUUCCACCCACUCUGUUGUACACUUUCAAUCAACACUUUUUCAGACUAAAGGCCAAAACCCAA